ACACACAUACAGUAUUGUUUUAUCGGCGGAGGGCGCGUUGGAUUUGAUCCAGCUUUAACUGCUUGCUGCUUGUCAGUUCAGCUGUCGGGGUGAAACCGUUGGAGGGGUUAUUGUUGUUGGUUCAACUCUACAAGUAUUUUCCGUGUUUAUAUUUAUAAAGCCUGUUUAAUGGAUACGGUAUGGAGAUCGCGCUGGUGAGUUUUGAGAACGGCGGAGCGAAAGGAAGCGCUGGCAAUGCCGGAGAUGUAGCCUGCCGUAACGCGCUGGAUCACCCUCAACCUCCGCCGUUUGUCCAGAGUGGACUCCGCGAGCUGGGCUACAGCGGUCACAAAGAGAUUAAUACAAUCGGGAGUCCCAAACCGAGGACGUGGAAAAUCAACGACGUGAAUAACACUUUGAGUUGCAACGAGAACGUGAUGGAUGCGCUCUGGCGCGCAGACCACAGUCCCCAUCUGUUGGAAGAUGACAUGUUGGAUAUUGAGCGCAGAGACGUGGACAACAACGAGAGGGUGCUGAUUAACAUCGCUGGGUUAAAGUACGAGACGCAGCUCGGGACACUCAACCAGUUCCCCGAUACGUUACUGGGGGACCCUUAUAAGAGGAUCAAAUACUUCGACCCGCUUCGGAACGAGUACUUUUUCGACCGUAACCGGCCAAGUUUCGACGGGAUCUUAUAUUUCUAUCAGUCGGGAGGUAAGAUCAGACGACCUGUCAAUGUGUCUAUCGACGUGUUCGCCGAUGAGAUUCGGUUUUACCGACUAGGGGAAGAGGCCAUGGAAAGGUUUAGAGAAGACGAGGGAUUUAUUAAAGAGGAAGAGAAACCGCUACCGCAGAAUGAGUUUCAGAAACAAGUCUGGCUCAUAUUCGAAUACCCGGAGAGUUCCAGCCCGGCGCGAGGCAUCGCUAUAGUCUCAGUGCUAGUCAUCACCAUAUCCAUUAUCACAUUCUGCAUGGAGACACUACCGGAGUUCAGGGACGAGAGGGAGCUACCGGUCCCCUUUCGGCCUGGUAACAACACCGUUCCGGGUCCCUCUCUCACAUUCACAGACCCUUUCUUCAUAGUGGAAACCACUUGCGUGAUAUGGUUCACUUUUGAAUUCAUAGUGCGUUUCUUCGCCUGCCCCAGCAAGUCGGAGUUCUCCAAGACCGUCAUGAACAUCAUAGACAUCAUGUCUAUCCUGCCUUACUUCAUCACGGUGGGCACAGAGCUGGCGGAGCAGCAGGUGGAGGAACCGCCGCAGGAGCAUGGCAACGGACAGACCAUGUCUCUGGCCAUCCUCAGGGUCAUCCGGCUGGUCAGGGUGUUCAGGAUCUUCAAGCUGUCCAGACACUCCAAGGGGCUUCAGAUAUUAGGACAAACCCUCAAAGCCAGUAUGAGAGAGUUGGGGCUGCUCAUUUUCUUCCUCUUCAUCGGAGUCAUCCUCUUCUCCAGCGCUGUGUUCUUCGCCGAAGCGGACGAGCCCGAAUCGCAUUUCUCCAGCAUCCCCGACGCCUUCUGGUGGGCCGUGGUCACCAUGACGACGGUGGGCUACGGGGACAUGAGGCCGGUGACAGUGGGGGGGAAGAUCGUGGGCUCGCUCUGCGCCAUCGCCGGAGUGCUGACCAUCGCGCUGCCGGUGCCUGUCAUCGUGUCCAACUUUAACUAUUUCUACCACCGGGAGACGGACCAGGACCAGUCUUCUCUGAAAGACGACCCGCCCAACAGCAGUCAGGACAGUCCUCAGUUAAAGAGGAAGGACAGUAAGGGAUCUGCCAAGUCGGGAGACGAGGAGGACGGAACAGGAGCGGAGAAGGAGAAUAUCAAGGCGAACAGCAGCAUGAACAUCAAACGAUCCCUUUACGCGUUCUGUCUGAACAAGACGGAGUCGGACCUGUAGUCCCCACAGACAGACAGACAGACAGACAGACAGUAGUCCCCACAGACAGACAGACAGACAGACAGACAGACAGACAGACAGUAGUCCCCACAGACAGACAGACAGACAGACAGACAGACAGACAGACAGACAGACAGACAGACAGACAGACAGACAGACAGUAGUCCCCACAGACAGACAGACAGACAGACAGUCCCCACAGACAGACAGACAGACAGACAGUAGUCCCCACAGACAGACAGACAGACAGACAGUAGUCCCCACAGACAGACAGACAGACAGACCGUAGUCCCCACAGACAGACAGACAGUAGUCCCCACAGACAGACAGACAGACAGACAGUAGUCCCCACAGACACAGACAGACAGUAGUCCCCACAGACAGACAGACAGACAGUAGUCCCCACAGACAGACAGACAGACAGUAGUCCCCACAGACACAGACAGACAGACAGACAGACAGACAGACAGACAGACAGACAGUAGUCCCCACAGACAGACAGACAGUCUGAAUUCUCUUUUUAUUAGAAUGACUAAUUGAAUAGAGAGCAGUGUGUUUUGCUACGGUGAUUUUCAAGCCUCUAUCAGUGAGUUGAUGUAUAAAAUCCCUCCUGGUAUUAAUGGAUUUGAAGCCUAAACGAAAGCAGAGACUUGAGUCCUAAAUGACACCCUAUUCCCUACACAGUGCACUACUUCUCGGUCCUAUGGGUCCUGGUCUAAAGUAGUGCCCUAUAUAGGGAAUAGGGUGCAUGGCCCUGGUCUAAAGUAGUGUACUAUAUAGGGAAUAGGGUGCAUGGGCCCUGGUCUAAAGUAGUGCACUACAUAGGGAAUAGGGUGCAUGGGCCCUGGUCUAAAGUAGUGUACUAUAUAGGGAAUAGGGUGCAUGUGUCCUGGUCUAAAGUAGUGCACUAUAUAGGGAAUAGGGUGCAUGUGUCCUGGUCUAAUGUAGUGCACUAUAUAGGGAAUAGGGUGCAUGGGCCCUGGUCUAAAGUAGUGCACUAUAUAGGGAAUAGGGUGCAUGGGCUCUGGUCUAAUGUAGUGCACUAUAUAGGGAAUAGGGUGCAUGUGUCCUGGUCUAAAGUAGUGCACUAUAUAGGGAAUAGGGUGCAUGUGUCCUGGUCUAAUGUAGUGCACUAUAUAGGGAAUAGGGUGCAUGUGUCCUGGUCUAAUGUAGUGCACUAUAUAGGGAAUAGGGUGCAUGUGUCCUGGUCUAAUGUAGUGCACUAUAUAGGGAAUAGGGUGCAAGUUUCUGCUGUUGCAGUCCAAGGAUCAACACAUUACAAUCCUGAAAAGUUUUAGAGAAAUGAGAGUUGAUUUAUAAAAAGCCCUUUAUAAUCUUCUUGAUCUGGUAACACAACACACACACACACACAGAGACACACACACACACACACAGAGACACACACACACACACACACACAGAGACACACACACACACACACACAGAGACACACACACACACACACACACACAGAGACACACACACACACACAGAGACACACACACACACACACAGAGACACACACACACACACACACAUAUUGGUUCUCCACAUUAACAUAAAAUACACACACAACCCCAGAUAGCCUGGGUCCCCACAUUAACAUAAAAUACACACAACCCUAGAUAGCCUGGGUCCCUACAUUAACAUAAAAUACACACAACCCCAGAUAGCCUGGGUCUCCACAUUAACAUAAAAUACACACAACCCCAGAUAGCCUGGGUUCCUACAUUAACAUAAAAUACACACAACCCCAGAUAGCCUGGGUCUCCACAUUAACAUAAAAUACACACAACCCCAGAUAGCCUGGGUCUCCACAUUAACAUAAAAUACACACAACCCCAGAUAGCCUGGGUCCCUACAUUAACAUAAAAUUCACACAACCCUAGAUAGCCUGGGUCCUUACAUUAACAUAAAAUACACACAACCCUAGAUAGCCUGGGUCCCUACAUUAACAUAAAAUACACACAACCCUAGAUAGCCUGGGUCCCCACAUUAACAUAAAAUACACACAACCCUAGAAAGCCUGGGUCCCUACAUUAACAUAAAAUACACACAACCCUAGAUAGCCUGGGUCCCCACAUUAACAUAAAAUACACACAACCCUAGAUUGCCUGGGUCCCCACAUUAACAUAAAAUACACACAACCCCAGAUAGCCUGGGUCCCCACAUUAACAUAAUACACACACAACCCCAGAUAGCCUGGGUCCCUACAUUAACAUAAAAUACACACACAACCCCAGAUAGCCAUAGCCCAGAUGUCCCUAAUACUCCUAGUGUGUUGGGUUAUCUAACGCUAUAGCCUGGGUACCUAAUACUCCUAGUGUGGUGGGUUAUCUAACGCUAUAGCCUGGGUCCCUAACACUCCUAGUGUGGUGGGUUAUCUAACGCUAUAGCCUGGGUC